AUCAAUUCACAAAACACCUCGCCAACUUUGUAGCCCAGCCAUUGUUAUAAAUAUUACUCCCCAUCUUUUUAGCCUUGCUCGCAAAUCAAUAUUUACUCCCAAACCCAUCAACUAUAACUAAGCUUAUAAGUAAUAGCCUAAGUUUCUUCAGUUAUAUUCCAAUGGAGUUUCUUGUUGGCAAAUCCAUUCUCAUCACUGGCGCAACUGGCUUCCUCGCCAAAGUGCUUGUGGAGAAGAUACUUCGGACUCAACCAGAUAUAAAAAAACUCUACCUUCUCAUCAGAGCCAAUGAUUCUGUAUCUGCAAUAGAGAGAUUCAAAACUGAGGUUAUAGACAGUGAAUUAUUCAGAGUUGUGAAAGAAAAGUAUGGUGAUAAGUUUAAGGCCCUUGUGGAGGAGAAGGUUUUCCCUGUGGCGGGCGAUAUUUCAUUCAAGGAAUUGGGAAUUCAAAAUGAUGAGCAACUGUCGGGAGAAUUAGACAUUAUUAUUAAUUCUGCUGCAACCACUAUAUUUGAUGAAAGGUAUGAUGUUGCAAUGAGUAUUAAUACAAUGGGCGCAGCAAAUGUUUUAAGCUUUGCCAAGAAAUGCCACAAUCUUAAGAUGAUUGUUCAUGUAUCUACCGCUUAUGUUUGUGGUGAUAGAAUUGGAAUAAUAUUGGAAAGACCAUUCCAUCUCGGUGAAACACUUAAUGAGCAUACAAAUUUAGACAUUGAUGAAGAGAAAAAGGUGAUAGAGGAUAAACUUAUGGAGCUUCGAGCCCAAAAUGCAACAGAAAAACAAGUUAGAGUAGUGAUGAAAAUUUUGGGCAUCCAAAGGGCAAAACUUCAUGGAUGGCCAAACACAUAUUCAUUCACAAAAGCAAUGGGAGAAAUAUUGUUAUUAAAAUGCAAGGAGAACCUAUGUGUCAUUAUGUUACGCCCUACAAUAAUAACAAGUACUUACAAAGAACCUUUUCCCGGAUGGAUUGAAAGUGCAAGAACCAUGGACAUCUUUGUAUUGAUGUAUGGCAAGGGAAAAUCAAAUUUUAUGAUCGGUGAUCCGAACACAAUACUCGAUGCGAUUCCAGGAGAUAUGGUGGUGAAUUCGAUACUUGCAGCGAUUGUACAUCAUGGAAGUAACCUCCAUCAUACAUAUAGUGACCAGGAGUUGAUAUAUCAUGUUGGGUCAUCUACUACCAAUCCCUUGACAAUGUCGGACCUUGGAAAUUGUUUAUAUCGUUAUUUUACGGACUAUCCCUGGUCAACCAAGAGUGGUGAUCUUGUUCGAGUACGCAAACCUAUGUUGCUUACUAGUUUGAACAAGUUGCACAGAUACAUUUCCCUUCAUUAUCUCCCAAUGUUGAAGGUAUUAAAGUUGUUGAACAUGAUACUUUUUCAUUAUUUUGACGAAAAAUGCGCGACUGUAGAGAAAAACAUUAGCUUUGUGAUGCGACUUGCUGAACUCUACAAACCAUAUUUAUUCUUUUAUGGAAGUUUUGAUGAUACCAACACAAAAAGAUUGAGAAUGGCUACAACACAAACUAGCAUGACAGAUAUUGUAAAGUUCGACCCCACUUGUAUCCAAUGGGAAGACUAUUUCAUCACUACGCACAUUCCGGGAGUUGUAAAAUAUGCAUUCUAAUUAUGAAACGAUUUGUCCAAAAUAUGUAAUUUGUGUUUGAACAAAUUUACAUUCAAAAUUAUAUAAAGUUAUAAGAAUUUAAAU